CUCUUUUCCUCGAUCAAAUCACAAGUCUUUUAACCCCAUAUAUGCCACACCAAGCUAACAGUAAUUAAUUACUUCACAGUUCUCUCAAGUCUUAGCUUCCUUAACUCCCCAUCCAUUCAUCCAAAUCCAAACAUAUGCCGGAAUAACACCAUUCACAAAUUAAAGAAUGGAUUUUGAUGAUAAUGAUGAUGAGCAAGAAGACGAAAUCGAGAUGCACCAUCAAAUGGAGGCUGUAGGGUCUUAUCAGUCGCAUGGACACUCCGGAAUAGGCGUGGAAGAAGCCCAAGCGGCCGCACUCGUCGGCGGGAGGAAAAACGGCGCCGGCGGCGGGCCCAUAACCACAUACAGGCACAGGGAGUGUUUGAAGAACCAUGCAGUAGGGAUGGGCGGGCACGCCGUCGAUGGGUGCGGGGAGUUUAUGCCGGCGGGACCCGACGGGACCCUAGAAGCCCUGAAAUGCGCCGCCUGCGGCUGUCACCGGAACUUCCACCGGAAGGAGGAGGAAACCUGCGACUACGCCAACACAUCGUACCGCACGCCUCCCCUUCAUCACCGCCACCCAUCAGGUGGCGGGUACCUGCCACUAGCACUGCCGUCGACCUGCCGGAAUGAAGACAUGUCGAACCCGAGCAGCAGCGGCGGUGGGGAAGGCGGUUCGAGGAAACGGUUCAGGACGAAGUUCAGCCGGGAGCAAAAGGACAAAAUGAUGGCCUUCGCCGAGCGGUUGGAGUGGCAGAUUCAGAAAGAUAAUGAGGAAGCCGUCGAACUCUUCUGCGCCAACACAAACAUCAGGCGACAGGUGUUUAAGGUUUGGAUGCACAAUAAUAAGCACACCCUUCGUAAAAGAUCCUAGCCAGCCAGCUGCUAAUUAAUUUCCCAUUCAUAUAUAUUUGAUGAAAGUAAAAUUAAAUGUUGACCGGAAUUAGUUAAUUAAUGGACGAUUACUAGGGUUGAGAUUAAUUAGGACUGAUUAUUAAUGGGUAGAUUAUACGGUACUCUUAAGUUACCGUACCUUUGUCCAUAUGGACCAAUCACAAUGAUGUAGUUCAAUUAUUUAAAUUCAAAUUAAAAAUGAUGCAAUGAUUUGAACCAAUCAAGUUAGUAUCAGGUACGACACCCCAUUUUUUAAAUGAGUAUCCCAUUUUUAAAUGGGUGUCCCAGUUGUCACAUUAUUAAUAUGGACUAUGGAGUAUUAUAUUAAUGGAAUA